AACCAAACCCAACCCAACACAAACACCAACCUCUUCUCUUCGUUCCCCUCAACCCCCAAACGAAACUAUCCCUUUCCUUCUCCUUCAAACCUCAAAACCCUCCCUAAGCAAAAAAGUAUCAUUUUCUUCUCUUCAACUAUAUCACCACCACCAUGUCCUUUACCUCUCUCUCCACAACGCGAGCGCACACACACACACACACUCUUUAUUUUCUCUCAAAAACAAAGCAUGGCAACCCAAGAAUACUACACACCUUCACUUCGCAUCGACCCACCACCCGUGACGCCUCUAAAGUACUCAAACCGCGUUCGGGUGAAGACACUUCUCGAGAAACGCGAGAGUGUGGUGGCCCAGAGAGUGGUCGUUGGCGGGUGGGUCAAGUCCGCCAAGGAGGUCGAGAAGUCGUCGCCGCCGCCGCCGCCGUUGACGGACGACGCCGUCGACGAUACGAGGAAGAACAAAGACGUGUCGUGCGUGGAGAUUCUGCAGUCUCGGAUUCCUUUGAUUCGUAACAUCCUUGAGGUCUUCGGAGGAAGCGGUUAUAGUCAGAAAAAGAAACGUGAGCCUUCAGUGCCUCCUAAGGUUGUCCCUCCCAAACCUUCCACUGCGUAUCUGCUUCUCUCCGAUGGUUCCUGCGUUGGAAGCCUUCAGGUUGUUGUUGAUUCCUCAGUAGCUGCCCCUAGCCGGCUUCUGGCUACUGGAACAUGUAUAUUAGUGGAAGGUCAACUACAACGACCAUCAUCAGAAGGGAAGCAUGCUAUUGAGCUUAAAGCUGAAAAAAUUCUUCACAUUGGGACUGUUGAUUAUGAUAAGUAUCCAUUGUCAAAGAAACGAAUUCCACUUGAAAUGUUAAGAGAUUUUGCCCAAUUUCGGCCUCGAACAACCACGGUGGCAACUGUCAUGCGAAUUCGUAGUGCUCUCUCUUUUGCAGUCCACUCAUUUUUCCACAAACAUGAAUUUAUUGGAGUGCAAAUACCCACAAUAACUGCCACAGACUGCGAAGGAUUUAGCAACAUGUUCCAGGUCACUACCCUGAAUCAGAAAGCAGAGAAGCAAAAUCUAAACACCAUCUAUGAGAGUGAUGGUGUAAACCUUGAAGUUAUAAAGGCAGCAGCAAAAGAGAAAAGCAACUUAGUUGAACAAUUGAAGAGAAGUGAAAGCAAUAGGGAGGCACUGGCUGCAGCAGUGCAGGAUUUGAGGAAAACAAAUGAAUUGGCAUCACAAUUGGAAGCAAGAGAAAAGAAAAAGUUGGGAACUUAUUUGAAGGAUAACAAAGCAGACUCUUCCAAAGAUUUUUUCCAUUCCCAAACAUACUUGACUAUCUCUGGUCGCUUACAUCUUGAGAGUUAUGCAUGUGCCCUUGGAAAUGUCUACUCAUUUGGUCCUAGAUUUCAAGCAGAUAAAACAGAUUCUUCUAAACUUGCUGCUGAAAUGUGGAUGGUUGAGGUUGAAAUGGCCUUUUCUCAGUUAAAGGAUUCCAUGAAUUGUGCUAACGACCUUUUCAAGUACCUCUGCAAGUGGGUACUGGAAAAUUGCUCUGAAGAUAUGAACUUUGUUUCUGAAAGAAUUAACAAAGACUGUAUCAAUCGUCUUCAGCAGAUUGUAUCAGGUUCCCCUGAAACAAUGUCCUACAACGAAGCUAUAGAUGUUCUAAGAAAGGCUGAAGAUAAGAAAUUUGAUACAAACUUUGAAUCAGGUGUUGUACUCACUUCAGAGCACUUAAGCUAUCUAGCUGAUAACAUCUACAAGAAGCCGAUUAUGAUAUAUAAUUAUCCAAAAGAAGCUAAGCCAUUUUACGUUCGCCAGAAUGAUGAUGGAACCGUAGAUGCAUUUGACUUGAUUGUGCCAAAGGUGGGAACAAUAAUUUCUGGUAGCCAAAAUGAGGAACGCCUUAACUUGAUAAGUUCAAGAAUUAAUGAGUUGGGCUUGCCAAGAGAGAAGUAUGAAUGGUACUUAGAUCUUCGUCAAAAUGGAACAGUGAAGCACUCUGGUUUCUCUCUAAGGUUUGAUCUUAUGGUCCUCUUCGCAACUGGCCUUCUCAAUGUCAGAGAUGUUAUCCCUUUUCCAAGAAGCUAUGGCAUGGUCAACAAUUAAUUAAAUUUUGGGCUAAAAUAUGUUCAAGCUUCCUAUGCCUGUUGAUAUGUCUGGGCUAAAAUUUAUGUAAAUUAUGAAGUGAUUAAUGUAUGUCAAAUGUAUAUAAAGAAACUUAUAAUUGAAAUUGAAAUUUAU